AUGGAAAUUCCACCUGAAUUUAUUCUCACGGGUAAAACAUUACUCAUCGAAAAAUAUUCGGAAUUGUUCAUCGGUGGUCUUCAUUUCUCUCAACCUGAACAUCCAAUUCGAGUACAACAUGGUUUAUGUCUUGUCGAGGCAUAUGAGCCUUCAGAAGAACCAUCCCAUGAGGAUAACUCUCAAGCAGUUGUACAAAUCAAAAUUGAGUUAUGCUCGGAAUUUCUUCAAAAUCAACAGAAUAUUAUUAUUCGAGAAAAUUCAACGAUUCCUAUUGGAUCAUUAUCAGGCAAUUGGAUGGAUCUCUAUCGAGAUCAACGUUCAGCACCGGUCAAUGAUGUUAUCAUCGAGAUUAAUUCAGCUGAUUUGAUUCGAGGUCGAACAAUUCUCAUACAGAAAAAUAAUAUAUUAAUGAUCAAUCGAGAAGAAUUCGAUGAUGAACAAAAACGUCGUCUAUCCAAAAAUACAUUCACAAAACAGGAUCGAUUGAACUUGGAAAGUCAGUAA